AUGGGUAAAAAUGUGAAAUCAAACACGAUAUCCCAACUUAAAACGGAUAAUUCUGUCAUUUCAGACAAUAAAUUGAAAUCUGAGGCUUUUAAUGAUUUCUUUGUCAAUAUCGGGGCAAAACUUGCAGCUGAAAUUGAAGAUAAUUCCCUCAACACAAAUUCUUUUGCUCGCGGAGAUUCUAGGCCUACUACCGACUCCAAUCUUUUUUUCAAAUUUUCUGAAAUUAACGAGGACGAAGUAAUAUAUCAAUUGCGUAGUCUCAAAAUUUCAAAAUCCACAGGAUUAGAUAACAUCCCUGCUAAAGCUCUUAAAAUAUCCGCGGACAUUGUUGGUCCGCCAUUAACUUGGAUAUUUAACCUUUCGAUCAAAAAAGGAGAAUAUGUGGAUGAAUGGAAAAAAGCCUGA